AUGGAUCUGCAGUGGUGUAUUGUAUGCGAUGUUCAUGUUACCGAUGAUCAGCUUUAUUGCUCAGAGCAAUGUCGCCUUAAGGACGCACCAUCCAUAAUGCGACAACAGCCAUCCUCGCCUCCCAUAUCACCCAAAACGAUGGCUGCCGAUAAUAAUAACAUUACCAUCGCCCAUAACGAUGACGAUGAUAUACAACUACCACCUCUUUCACCCACAUCCACGUGCAUUGACGGUCUCCUACCAUCGCCACCUAAUACCCCAGUUACCACCAUCCAAUAUCUCACUACCUCGUGA